CCCACCCUCACUUUGAGUUCCCUGAAGACAGCAGCACUGGUAACAGGUGUUGAAAAUACUAAACCCAAACAGAGCAGAAAAAAGGGGGGAAGAAGAGAAAACAAAAACCACAAGAUAGGGGUAGUCUGGAAAAGAUUAUUUAUUUCCACAUAUAGUAUUUGCCAGUUUUGUUGUAGGAAAGAUGGAAUUGAAGGCUGGAGGACGGAGCCCUGCCAGGAGUCCGACAAAGGCAAUGCCAGGCGAAUAUGGCCCACCUCCCCCUUACGCCAUGGGGCAGCAGCAGCAGCAGCAGCAGCAGCCUUGCCUGGUAGUCUACCCCUCGGGUACUCCAGGAGCAGCAGGGGGCAUCUACCCCGGUGCCUAUGGCAGCUGUAGCAGGGCUGGGUCCCCCGUGCCAUCCGACGGCAUGGUGGGUCAGAUGACCCAAGUGGUGGUGGUCCAGGGAGGUGUUGGACUGUCGGAGCCGCUGCCAGACUACCUCAUCCGAUCCAUCUUGACCAUGCUCUUCUGCUGCUUUCCAUGCGGUUUGGCUGCCCUUGUCUACUCCAUCAAUACUCGUGAUGCAAACAAUACCGGCAACCGAGAAAUGGCGGAGAAGAACUCAGCAAAGGCACGGAAACUUAACAACGCAAGCAUUGGAUGCGGCAUCACCUUCAUCAUCCUCUACAUCAUCGUCAGCACCAUCGCCGCAUAUAAUAAACUUUGACCAUUUCCUGCACACAAGCUAGUUAUGACAAUAUUGGCAUUAUACAAAUGCCGUUCAAAGCCUGCCUAUUAACAACAUUUACUACCACAAAUGCCAGACCAUUUAUUAACAUACUGCCUUCUAUUUGACAGUUAGUUAGCCAGUCACCUCUUUUUUGUUUGUUUGUUGUUAUUGUUUUUUGAUGAUUGAUUAGAAACUUAAGUUCAUAUCAAUAGCUUCUCCGAAUGUUUUAAAUAAUAUUGUACAGGUUGUAAUCUGAUGUAUGUUUUUUUCUGUGAGUUAUACCGCAAAGUUGCAGUUUUCAUUGACCAUUUAGAAAGAUGUGCAAACAAAUGAUGUUCUGACCAAAUUCAGUUAAUAAUAUGGAGUUUAUCAGGCUGUGUCUACAGUACAGCUUUGCUUCGGCAUAUCGCUGUUACCGACAAAAACAUACAGGAGCUGAUUUUAUCACCAAAUGCCUCCUUAUAAAGAUUCAUUAUGCCAGUGAUGUAUGUGAUUUAUAUUUGAAUAUUAUAUUUGUGAUUUAUAAUGUUUUUUUAACCACUCACAAUUGUGAUCUUUACUCUAAAGUCCAAUGGCCAUCAUCUUUGCACCUUUAAGGCGUAAAUUGCAUAUGUUGCUUUUUAUUGCAAAAGCACUGAUGGGCAAACUUCCAUAUUAUAUCUGUAAUGUAUUGACUUAUUGCACUUUAUCUUAUGGUACACGUUCCUCAGUUAUUACUAGUCUUGUAAUCCUCGCCCUGAAUAAGGGAAAACGGUACUUUCUUUUUAUGCCCUGGAAUGAGUUGCAGAAGACAUUAUGUAUGGACUCUUUGCCCUCAUUGGAGACUUUUAAAGGAGCACUCCUGCCAAUUUCAAUGUGCUGUUGUAUUGCUCAUGCUACCCUUGACUUGUCAGUACCCUUUCCGAGAUAUGAGCUAUUCUAAUGGGGGCAACUUUUGUAUACAUUUUUUUUUUAAAUGAACAUAGGCCUACUCCAAAUAUUUUCCCUAAAGGUAUCGCUGUUUGCUAUCUGUCUGCUGAUGAUGCAUAACCUUUUGAAUGUUUUAGGGAAUAAAUAAAAACGUUUUUUUGAAAUGUAAACAAAAGUUGCCCCCAUUAGAAUAGCUCAUACGUAUCUUGGAAAGUUCUGAGCCAAAAAAAAAUCGGGUACUGACAAGUCAAGGGUAGCGUGAGCAAUACAACAUCACAUUGAAAU